AAAAUUUUAUGCUCAAGUGGAAAGUGGGUGGAGAGCCCUCCUGUCUGUCUCUCCUGAGUCAAACUUCUUAGGACAUGAGCUGUUGAUGCAGCAGGCACUCUGUUGAAUUGUACAACUACCACCCCAGAAGAGUAAAGUGGUGGCGGAGCAGCCGCUUCCUCCUCCUGAUCGCCGCCCCAAGAUUUUUUUUCUUCUCUUUCUUCGUUUUUGCUCAUUUGGCCGAUACCAAACAGUUCCCAGCUGCCGUCAGAGGCUUGCAAUCACAAAAGGGUCAACCUUUUUGCUGGUUCUGUUCUGCAUCAAGUGGUGGUAUUUAGAAGUGGGUAUACAAUCCGCCAUGGCUGAUGGCAGUCCUAGGACUGAUAUCUCUACAGAUGGGGAGACAGAUGAUAAGAAUCGAAGGUUUGAUAGAGACCAAUAUGCCAUUGCUCCUGUGGCUUCUGAUUCCAGUGACAAAUCGAAAGAUCCAAAAGAUCAGAAGACUCUCCGUCGGCUGGCUCAAAAUCGUGAGGCUGCUAGGAAAAGCCGGCUGAGGAAGAAAGCUUAUGUUCAGCAGCUGGAGAGUAGUCGUCUGAAACUGACUCAACUAGAGCAAGAGCUCCAGCGAGCCAGACAGCAGGGAAUCUUCAUAUCAAACUCAGGGGAUGCUGCCCAUUCAAAUAGUGGAAAUGGGGCCAUGGCAUUUGAUGUAGAAUAUGGACGCUGGCAGGAAGAGCACAAUCGGCAAAUUAAUGAACUAAGAUCAGCAGUAAACUCUCAUGCAAGUGAUACAGAGCUUCGUAUUAUUGUAGAUGGAGUCUUGGCGCACUAUGAUGAGGUCUUUAGGCUGAAGGGCACAGCAGCUAAAGCUGAUGUAUUCCAUUUGUUGUCUGGUAUGUGGAAAACACCUGCUGAGAGGUGUUUCUUGUGGCUUGGAGGUUUUCGUUCAUCUGAGCUCCUGAAGCUUCUUGUUACUCAGUUGGAGCCUCUGACGGAGCAGCAGUUGGUUGGGAUUAACAACUUGCAGCAGUCCUCCCAACAGGCAGAAGAUGCAUUAUCUCAAGGGAUGGAGGCAUUGCAACAAUCUCUAGCUGAAACUUUGUCCAGUGGAUCUCUUGGCUCCUCGGGUAACUCGGGAAAUGUAGCUAACUACAUGGGUCAAAUGGCCAUGGCAAUGGGAAAGCUAGGAACCCUUGAAGGGUUUAUCCGCCAGGCUGACAAUUUACGGCAACAAACACUGCAACAAAUGCACCGUAUCUUGACAACCCGCCAGUCAGCUCGUGCACUUUUGGCUAUACAUGAUUAUUUCUCACGGCUACGCGCUCUUAGUUCUCUCUGGCUUGCCCGCCCAAGAGAGUGAAAUGCUCCCAACCUGAUUGGUAAAUCUGUGGCCUGCAAGGCAUCUGAAUAGCAAUUGACUCUCUCUAGUACAGCACCAGGGUUACUUGGUUAUCAUUACAAAUUUUCUUUUAUAGAUUUUCUCUGAUGCUGUAGCUGCAGAAAUUGUAUCGUUAGUGCUAAUCCUGUAAUUCUGUAAUUUAUUACCGUCAUUUUAGUCAUCGUAGGAUCGAGUAAUGCUUAUUAUUGUUAAUAAUUAUAGUCUUAUGAUUUGUGUAAUUGUAAUUUGUGACCGAGUUUCGAAAUGAAUUUUGGAUUAAGGAAAUGCAUGAUGGUUUUGACUAGUUUUUAACA